UUAAUGAUUCCUGCCAUAUGUACUCCGCUUUUUUGUUUCUUCCUUUACCCUCUCCUUCCUGCUUUUUGUUUUAUUAAUCAUCUCCACUGCUUUGGGGUUUAUUUUUAGUGGUAAGGAAGUUGUACACCUCUGUUUCUGUUCUUGUGUUCAACCUUAAAUGCUAAUUUAGCUAGGUAUAAGAUUUUAAGUUCAAGAUAAUAUUUCUUCAGGACUUUAAAGUUGUUGCUUCAUUGUUUUUAAAUACCUAACGUUGGUGACAGUAUGACCCCAGUUUGGUUCUUUUUUUCUUUGUAGGUAAUCUGGGUUUUUUCCACCUAAAAACUUUAAGGAUUUUUACUGUGAAAUUUCACCAUGAUAUGUCUAAAAAUGUGUGUCUUUGUUUUUCAACUCCAGAAAUUUUUCUAAUAUUUUCUUAAAACACUCCUUUUUAUGCCUUUCCUUCUAAAAUUCAGAUAGAUAUUGGAACUUUGGUAUUUAUACUCCAUAUCAUCUAACUUUUCCUCCAAAUUUCUCACCUCCCUGUCCUCUGUUCUUGUUGCAUUCUGGCAGAUUUCCUUGGCUCUGCCUUCUUCUUGUUAAUUUGCUCCUCUGUUAUGCCCAUUCUAAUAUACAAUCCAUCCAUUGAGUUUAUUGUAAUAAUCCUUUUUAAUUUUCAAGAUGUCUAAUUGGUGCUCUUUAGAAGCAGCCUUUUUAAAAAUGUCUGUGAUAACCUCUCAUGUUAAAUUUUCUGUUUGCUUUGUUUAUCCCGCUUUCUCAAAUACUAGUUUUUUAUUUGAAUCAGGUGCCUCUCUUUUAUGAUAUUAAUUUUCCUUUAUGUUAGCAAUUCUUGACAGUAUGGUCUCUUGGAAGAUAGGCAAAGUAUGCUUGUCACUUGUCUCUUGGGUGGAGGGGAUCCUCACUCCUUCUGAAUGAUACAGCCCUACUCCAGUCUGACUUCUCUUUCUCUUAGUGGAGUGGGAGGACUGAUAAGGUUGCUUCAAGUGCAGUUUUCCAGCAACUAGAAUCCACAACUACAUAAGAGAGUCCUAGUUGUCUUCUAGUAUGAAUGUUUUGUGCUGAGGAUUUUUACUGUCAAAGUUUUUGGAAGGUGAUUAGGCUAUUUACAAGUGGAAGAUUUCAUAUUUAUCUGUUACUCUGUGUUGUAGUUGGCUCCUUUCAUCCUCCCACAUCUUAUUUUAAAAUGAGCAUGUUUCUUCUUGACACUAGCUAGCUUAAACUAGCUGUUUUAUAUUCUGAACUUAAAGUUUCCUACACAUCCUUCUUUGCACACUAUAAAAAAAACAAAAAACAAGAAAAACAAAAAAUUAUAGCUACAUUCAGACUAAAGGAGAAGGGAAACAAAAGGUAAAUGGGGGGGAAAGGUAGCAAAGAAGAAUGAAGCAAGAGGAAGGGAGAAAAAAGCAGAUACAGAAGGUUGCUAUCCCAUCGUCUCUUUGUGACUGAGAUGCCCUGGGCCCCAAGCAACAUAGCCUUCCCUAACUCUCUUGAUAGAGCCCAAGCAGCCAAGAACAAAGGCAACAAAUAUUUUAAAGCAGGAAAAUAUGAACAGGCUAUUCAGUGCUAUACCGAGGCCAUCAGUUUGUGCCCUACAGAGAAGAAUGUUGACCUUUCCACGUUUUAUCAAAACAGAGCUGCUGCCUUUGAGCAGUUGCAAAAAUGGAAAGAGGUGGCACAAGAUUGUACAAAGGCUGUUGAACUUAAUCCCAAAUAUGUGAAAGCUCUCUUUAGACGUGCAAAAGCCCACGAGAAGCUAGACAAUAAGAAGGAAUGUUUAGAAGAUGUCACUGCUGUGUGUAUAUUAGAAGGGUUCCAAAAUCAGCAAAGCAUGCUGUUAGCUGAUAAAGUUCUUAAACUUCUUGGAAAAGAGAAAGCCAAAGAAAAAUAUAAGAAUCGUGAACCUCUGAUGCCAUCUCCACAGUUUAUCAAAUCUUACUUCAGUUCUUUCACGGAUGAUAUAAUUUCUCAGCCAAUGCUUAAAGGAGAGAAGUCUGAUGAAGAUAAAGACAAGGAAGGGGAGGCUUUAGAAGUAAAAGAAAACUCUGGAUACUUAAAGGCCAAACAGUAUAUGGAGGAAGAAAACUAUGAUAAAAUCAUAAGUGAAUGCUCAAAAGAAAUAGAUGCCCAAGGCAAAUACAUGGCAGAAGCAUUAUUACUACGAGCUACUUUCUACUUGCUUAUUGGUAAUGCCAACGCGGCCAAACCAGAUUUAGAUAAGGUCAUCAGCUUGAAAGAAGCUAAUGUGAAGCUUCGAGCAAAUGCUCUCAUCAAAAGAGGCAGCAUGUAUAUGCAACAGCAGCAGCCUUUGCUGUCUACUCAGGAUUUUAACAUGGCUGCCGACAUCGAUCCUCAGAAUGCAGAUGUUUAUCACCACCGAGGACAGCUGAAAAUACUGCUUGAUCAAGUUGAAGAAGCAGUAGCAGAUUUUGAUGAAUGUAUUAGAUUAAGACCUGAGUCUGCUCUGGCACAAGCUCAGAAAUGUUUUGCAUUGUAUCGCCAAGCAUAUACGGGAAACAAUUCUUCACAAAUCCAAGCAGCUAUGAAAGGUUUUGAAGAGGUCAUAAAGAAAUUUCCAAGGUGUGCUGAAGGCUAUGCAUUAUAUGCCCAGGCAUUAACAGAUCAACAACAGUUUGGUAAAGCUGAUGAAAUGUAUGAUAAAUGUAUUAAUUUGGAACCAGACAAUGCCACAACAUACGUUCAUAAAGGUUUACUUCAGCUUCAGUGGAAGCAAGAUCUGGAUAGAGGUUUGGAGCUUAUCAGCAAGGCUAUUGAAAUUGACAAUAAAUGUGAUUUUGCAUAUGAAACCAUGGGAACUAUUGAAGUACAAAGAGGAAACAUGGAGAAAGCCAUUGACAUGUUCAACAAAGCUAUUAACCUGGCCAAAUCAGAAAUGGAGAUGGCUCAUCUAUACUCACUCUGUGAUGCUGCCCAUGCCCAGACAGAAGUUGCAAAGAAAUAUGGAUUAAAACCACCGACAUUAUAAAAUACGGGGGAAGGAAAAUGACCCUCUUUUUAGGAGUUUACCCCCUCUUCAACUGAACCCUAAAGACACUGUCGUGAACUACGUUGAAUGGUGGAGCUUAGUAUUUCUGUCUGUGCUGUUGUCAUUUGUUACAUCUGUUUCAUUUUUAGGUGUUGUGGGAGUGCCUGUUGAAGAGAGUUUGCAGUGUUGCAGCUUUUAUGCCCUGUGCAACAAAAGCUUAGAACCUGUUAAAGGGAUAUUAAAAUGAAGUUGCAAAGAGUACAAAUGAUAAUUGGCCAUGCAAAUAAAAAUUUUGAUUUGUU